UGUUCGUCUCAACGUAGCACGAAAUGUGUCUCCUCUCAGCAAAAACAUACACACUAACGUGAAACGUGCUAGUGAACGGUUUUUUGUAUUGAAAGUUUAGUUUUUGUCGCCUUAAGACUGUUUCGAUGUUGUACUCUGUACAUUAAACAUUCCGCUUGUAAAUCGCAAUAUUUAUUGGCCAAGAGCAACCGACUUCGUUUCUUCUAAAGAGUGUCCGCUUCCCCUCCCCUCGAUGAAGCGUUGCGAUGCCCUCUGAUUUUAUAUCCCUCCUUAGCUCGGAUCUCGACCUCAAUUCCCCCAAAUCUCUAUACUCUAAAGAGUCGGUAUAUGACCUCCUCCCCAAAGAGCUCCAGCUCCAGCCGACAUCCACCCAGACCGACCCACCCACCAUGAGCCAGAAGAGUGGGGGAGAGGCAGGACCUCCUCCCUCUGCAGCCUUGGCCUCAGAUGCCACCUCUUCCACCUCCAGCCCCUCUGCCUCUUCCUCCUUGGCCAUGGGAGUCCCAUCCACUGGCCCCUCUACCUCAUCCUCAGACCAUCUCAAGGUUCCCCAGCAUCUCCACUCCACUGGAGGGGAUGGAGCUGGAGCUUCAGAGAUGCAAGGUAUGGAGGGUGCUGUGUCUGCCACCAGCAGAGGCAACAGUGGAGCAAACACUGCAACAGGAGACACAGGGUCAGGAGUGUUGUCAGGGCUAGGAGUCCAGCAGCCUCAGAACACCCCAUCAAAACGGAGGCCCGUGUUGAGCAUAUCCCCACCACCUGAGGACCUAUUUGAUGACAGCCAGAUGUCUUGCCAAGAGGAGCCUACCAUAUCUGGUCCACCAGGUCCAGACUCAGAGCAUAGCAGCAGCAUGUGGGCUGAUGACUCCAUCUCCAACUUCAGCUUGAUCAGCUCCAUCUCCUACAACGACAACACAGAGGUGCCGCGCAAAUCUAGAAAACGCACCCCCCGCCAGCGGCCUGGCCCCAAGCCUGCUCCUCCGGAGGACAGUAUGGAUGUGUUCGAUGCUGACAGCGCCAAGGCCCCUCACUUUGUCCUUUCCCAGCUGGGCACAGACAAAACCAGUGCCAUGGCCAGCUCUCUUGAGUCAGGGACUGCAGUGAAGGGUGGGUCACUGUCGGCUCAGUUCCCCCAGAGGAGUGACGGGAAAGAGCUAAAGAUCCUGGUGCAGCCAGAGACCCAGCACAGAGCUCGCUAUCUGACUGAGGGCAGCAGAGGUUCUGUCAAAGACCGCACACAGCAGGGAUUCCCCACUGUCAAGCUGGAGGGUGUGAAUGAGCCAGUCGUGCUGCAGGUGUUCGUAGCGAAUGACGCAGGAAGAGUGAAGCCUCACGGUUUCUAUCAGGCUUGCAGAGUGACAGGACGCAACACCACUGCCUGCAAGGAGGUGGACAUAGAGGGCACCACUGUUAUUGAGAUCCCGCUAGAGCCGAGCAAUGACAUGACGCUUGCGGUGGACUGUGUAGGAAUUUUGAAGCUGCGUAAUGCAGAUGUGGAGGCCCGUAUUGGUGUAGCAGGAUCCAAGAAGAAGAGCACCCGUGCGAGGCUGGCUUUCAGAGUCAGCAUCCCCCAGCCUGAUGGAUCCAUCCUCACUCUACAGGUCCCUUCAUCACCCAUCCUCUGCACCCAGCCAGCAGGAGUGCCAGAGAUCCUGAAGAAGAGUCUUCACAGCUGCUCAGUGAGAGGAGGAGAGGAAGUUUUUAUCAUUGGAAAGAACUUCCUCAAAGGAACCAAAGUGAUUUUUCAGGAGAACAUUGCAGAUGAUAAUUCCUGGCAGGCUGAGGCAAAGAUUGACAUGGACCUCUUCCAUCAGAACCAUUUGAUAGUGACAGUCCCUCCGUUCCACAACCAGUCUGCCACUACUCCCGUUUCUGUGGGAAUCUUUGUGAUGACCAAUGCUGGUAGAUCACAUGAGGCCCAGCCCUUCACCUACACUCCAGACUCAGCUGAUAACUCAAACAUCCGGACGGUAAAAACAGAGGGACCCUCCCUGGUCAAGACGUGUAUAUUUGAUGGCCAGAUUAAAGCUAUGUCCUCUGAGCAAACUGACUGCUCUGGUGAGCCUUCCAAACGGCAAGAGGAUACACCAAUGGAAGUGUCGAGCAAUCCACCACCCACAGAUGUCUUUAAGCCGUCCCCUGACCCUCUUGCUUCAGUGCAGCAGACCCUGGAGCUCAGCUCUAGUCCUCAUCCAGGAGGAGAGUCCUUUCAGAGCCCACUGCCCCUACAACCUGAAGAUGUGGAGCUUCCACAGGCACCCCCUGUCUUCCCCAGCCUAGAGUCUCUCAGCACCAUACAGAAGACAGACAUUGCCCCCACAACCUCUUUCCCAGUGUCGGGAGACACCACAAUCCCCCCUGUGACACCUGAAGUCCCUCAGCAAUUCCUCAGAGACCCUCAGGAUAGUUUGGCUCCUGAGAGUUCCAACAAUAAUGGGGGGGUUGUGGUUGUGGCCAUGCCUCAGAUAUCAACUCCCUCUCAACCCCAGCCACAACAGUCACAGGUUCCCUUGUUCCCCCAAGAAGGGGUGGCCCAGCUGGAGAGGGCAGUAAGGGAGCUACAGGCUGAAGGUAACACCACACUCCAGCAGGUGUUGGAGGCAGCUGUAGCCCAGCAGCAACUAAACUCAGUGCUUUACAGCCCCACACCCUCAGCAGAGUCUCUUCAGCAGCACGUCCAGGAGAACAUGAACAGCCUUAGACUGGGAACCACAGAUAAUUCACUGUCUACGCAGCAACAGCUACAGAUACAACAGCAACAACAAAUACAACAACAGCAGCAACAGCAACAAAUACAGCAACAGUUCCAGCAGCAUCAACAACUGCAGCAACAACAGCAAAUCCUUGGUAACCUUCAGCAUCAACAACAGCAGCAACGUCUACAGCAGCAACAGCAGCAAGUCCUUGGCAACAUGCAGAUCCAGCAGCAACUAAUACUACAACCACAAGACCAACAACUGCAGCAACAGCAACUCAUGGAGAAUAUUCAACAGCAGCAACAGUUGCAACAAAAUCAGCAACAGCAAGUCCUUAACAACAUCCAACUUCAGGAUCAGCAACAACAAAAUCAAAUACUUAACAAUUUACAGCAACAUCAGCUACAACAGCAGCAGCAACAACAACAACAGAAUCAAGCAUUAAGCAAUCUACAACAGCAGCAACAACUGCAAGAGCAAGUCUUGGAGAAUUUGCAGCAGCACCUUCAGGUGGCUGAGUUGCUCCAGCCCCAGAUCCACUCUACCCCACAAGUACAGCAGCCGGUGUCCCUACUUCAACAGGCUGGAGAGCUGCUAACCAUUCAGACCAGCUUUCCCACACAGCCUCCCUCCCACACAUCCCCCCCACAACAGCUCUUCCAGUCACCCAGGCCCCUCGCUGAGACCCAGGGCUCCCAACAGCAGGUCCAGGCUGCCUUGCUUCAGAAUACACUGACUGUUCUGACUAGCGGCAGUCUCAGCUCAGAGCAACAGUCCCCUGGGUCAACCCUUUACCUGUCCCCAAACCCUCAGCCCCAGCAACAGCAACAACAGCAGCUGGCAUUCAUCUCCUCCAUGGAGACGUCUACCAGCCAGCCCCAGUCCGUUGCAAUGUUUCAGAACCAACCCCAGGCUCAGCUUUCCCAAAUGCAGCAACAGAGCACCCCCAUGGAGCAGCAGCAGUCUGCACAGCAGAAUCAACAACAGCCACCACAGAUUCCGAUGAGCCAGCAGGGCUCCUUGUUCCAGAGUAUCCCAAACCACUCACAGGCAAACCCUGUCCCCCAGAGCCAACUCUCCCAACCCCAGCAGGCAGGUCUUCUCCUCUGCACCUCAGAUCUUAACCCCCAGGCUAUUCCCCCAACUAUUCUCUUCAGCACCCAGACCCAAGGCCCUUCUCCUAUAGGUAGCAUUGGCGUUGGAAUCCCUCAGCCAGACCCAGCCGAGCCCAUGUCCUUCCAAGACCAGAGCUUGUCAGGCAGCAGUUCAACAUCCACAGACAACCAACAGCAGAGCCUGUUUCAGGAGCAGCAGCCAAUGCAAGUCGGCCCAAGCUCCAGCAGCGUCUCAAGCAGUCAACCUGUAGAGUUGUUCCUGCCACAGACAUCUCUGUCUCGCCUGCAGAGCACUAUUAGCUCACAGGAGCUGAGCAGCCAGGCUCCAGCACCCGGCACAACCAUCUUUGUGGUUCAGGGUGGUGUGGGUGUCGUAGCCAGCCCUGGCCAGCAGCCUCCAGAGCAGCUUUUCCAGACAACUGUCAGUGGGAAUGUGGCUCCACAAGGACAAACCAACCUGUUUGUGUUUGGCAUUCAGAAUGACUCGCCCCAGCUGCUCAAUUCCUCCGGGCCCAACCUGCCAGCUCAGACCCAGCCCCAGACCUCCAGUCACAUGCAGCCUCUGUUGGACCAGCCCAUGGCCCAAGCUGCUUCCCCGAUGCCGGCCACCAUGCACAACAGCUUACAGAACACCCUCCAGGCACAAAUGCAGUCCAGCUUAGAGAACGUCAUACAGACCAGCCUACAAAAUGCAAUGCAGACAAACACACAAACAGCUCUGCAGUCCAGUUUACAGGCCACCAUAGAAACAAGCCUGCCAACUCCAAUGCAGACCAAUCUACAGACACAGAUACAGAGCAGCUUACAGAAUCAGUUGCAGGCAUCAAUAUCUGCGUCGUCCAACAUGGAUAAAAUCGAGGACCUACUGGAAAGCCUACAGAAGUAGUGAUAAAUAUUAGGACAAUGUGAGAACUAAGGAGAGUGUGUGAUAUGUAGCCGAGAGUUAUACAUCCAGACAUCAACAAACAGUGGUGGUGCAUGGUUUUUUUGUGCCAAUGCCACAAAACUUAAAAAAGCUAUAAUAUUUAAGAAUUAAAUACCCCUUUUAUCUAAAACCCAAAUUACGAGCUCAUGUAUCUCCUUGUUUUUAUGAAAUAUUUAUCAUUAAUUAGAGCCUUCGUACAUCCAUUGUCCUUGAAUUGAUGAAUCCGCCUUUGUUAUUACCCCUCUUGCAGGAUCAGAGAGGCCUGUAAUAACUGCUUUAUCCAUCAGUCUCAGAAAUGCAGUGUUUUGUUGUCAGAGUGUUUUAAUAAUGUGAGCCCAAGAGAUGAUUAUGAUUUAAAAAAAAAAAAGCCUGUGAGGUUUGGAAACUGGAAAGGGAUAAAGAAUGUCAGUGACAGGGAAACGGGGGGAAUGGUAAUGUGAUGGAGAUGAGACUGUAAGAGCAAGCAGAGAAGAUAAAACAGCCAGCCAUGGAGUGAAUAUCAGAUUGCACAUAAGUGUCAGAUAUAGGCUGAAUCUCAUUUCGUGAGUGUGUAAAGUCACUUCACUCAGAAAGACAGAGUCAGUGAGGAGUGUUUUUGUCAUGUGGAGUGACAGUGAAAUUUGCCAGGGGGAAGAUUACCUGGCAUAAAAAAAAAAAAACAGCAAAGAAAUAAUGUCACAGCCACUCAAUUCAAACUUCUUUUGUCAUGGAGAACGUAAGAUCUUUUGCAAUUAAUCAAAACCUUGUGUUUGCACAUGUCAACGUUUGACUGAAUUAUACUCUAAGAGUAAAGACUAUUAAAUUGAUUACAUUUGUAGAAUGUUUUGCCUCCAUCAUGUUUGCUUUCAUGACGAGAGUCUGCACCUGAGCUGACACACUCAGCGGGAGGACAGUUACCUGUUUUUAUCAACUGUGCUCCACAAAAAUGAAAUGCACUCGCUCAUCAAAAUGGGGUAUCAAUACAUUCUGGUAUUGCAGGGGAUUCCCCCAUGUGCAGAAAGAGAAGAUUAAACACUCGGAAAUGAGAUUCAACCUGGUGAAUAAUGUGACUUGGCCUUUUGUUUAGGCGCCUCCCAGUGUUUUCAUAUGUUUGGGCCUCAUCACUGGGUUUGCAGAAAGCCUUCUUGGUCAAAUUUUAAGAAGCAUUGUAGUAUGUGUCUCUUUAUUUGUUUUGAAGAAGUUGGUAACCUUUACCAAUCUAAUGUGGAUAGAAAGAAAUUUUCCACUAGUGAAAAUGGAGUGUUGUGUGGUUUUAUAAACAUUUUAUCUCAAGCACUUUAUAACCUCUUUUUGUGUAACCAGCUAAUCCUUAUAUCCGUCCACAGCUCUCUACUGACCCAGCUGAAUUUGUACUCAGAAACGUCCAAUUAAAAAACAUGAAAAAAAACAACAAAAAAAAAAAACAGAAAGCAGUUGACUUUGUAAAGGUAAAUACAUCUUUACCAAGCAUUUUUACAUUUUCUCAU